CUGGGAGGAGGAGGAGGAGCCGGGGCCGGAUCCGGAUCGCGGCGGCGGCGGCUCCGGCGGAGCCCCCGAAGUUUGUGCUGUCGGCGGAGGGCGGCCCUCCUCCUUCGGCCCUCGUCCCGCCGCUUCCGAGGCUCCGCCGCGCCGGGCGGAGGGGGCCGGCGGGAGGGAGGGACGGACCGACCCACCGACCGACCCGGCCACCGGCGGGACGGGCCCGGGCCGCGAUGAAGAAGCCGGACGGGAAGGUGGUGCUGCUGGGGGACAUGAACGUGGGCAAGACCUCCCUGCUGCACCGCUACAUGGAGAAGCGCUUCCAGGAGACGGUCAGCACCGUCGGCGGCGCCUUCUACCUCAAGCAGUGGGGACCGUACAACAUCUCCAUCUGGGACACGGCAGGGCGGGAGCAGUUUCAUGGCCUCGGGUCUAUGUACUGCAGAGGAGCAGCUGCUGUGAUCCUCACGUAUGAUGUGAACAGCCUCCAAAGCCUGACAGAGCUGGAAGAAAGAUUCUUGGCACUGACGGACAGUGCGAGUGCUGACUGCAUUUUCGCUAUUGUUGGAAAUAAAGUUGACCUCACCGAUGACUGUGCUUUACCGCCGGAUGAAAAUAGACCUGAGAAGUCUGUUGCCAGCUGUGGCUCAAAGGUGCGAAAACAAGUCCGUGCAGAGGAUGCGAUUGCGCUCUAUAAAAAGAUACUGAAAUACAAAAUGCUGGAUGAGAAGGACGUUCCGGCAGCUGAGAAAAUGUGCUUUGAGACCAGUGCAAAAACGGGAUACAAGGUGGACUACCUCUUUGAAACUGUGUUUGAGAUGGUAGUCCCGAUAAUUGUACGGCAGAAAGCAGAGGGGCCACCGCAAACUGUAGAUAUUACUGACUACAAGCCAGCGAAAAGGACAAAAUCUGGUUGUUGUGCCUGAACCAUUUACAUAACAUAAGAAAAGGGGAGGGAUUGUUUGCUCCAGCAGACUGUGGAAUAAGAAGUGCUUGCAGUUCACCAGAAAGGAAAAGUCAAAGAAUAAAUAGAUGAAAAUGGUGUAUGUGGAAAAAACGAAUCUUCUGACCAUGAAAAGUUUCUGGGAAGCCCUGUGUGUGAAAAUGGGAAUGUGAGUGAAAUUAUGGAGGAAGACUUGCCAGUUUCCGAGGGCUCUGGAAGACAAAUGGUGUGUUAGUACAAUUGGUAGCGACAAUCGUUUGAACAGUUUUGAAGGAGUCUCAUUUUUUUUAAUGACUCGCCAUUUCAUGUUGCAUGUAAACGAUCUAUUUGUGUACUCUCGACAGCUUUCACAUGAUUAUCGUCUUUCCCCUUGUGAUUCUAACUUUGGAAGAUUGAACACAUGGUACUUUUUUACUCUUAAAAAAAAAAAAGCAGAAAAAUCCAGGUAUAAUUUAUAUUUGUAGCUAACAAAUCAAUUAGUCUUUUUAUGUCAGAUAUGACAGUGUAAGAUUCAGAAGCUGUACUAUUAAAAUAAUUGUGGAUAUGUACUGUUCAUUUGGAGACUUUAUUAAUGUGAAUCCUCCUUCCAUAGUGGGCUUUCACGUACUAAUGGGCAGCACCGCAGCUCUCACUGCUCGCAUUGUAAGUUGCAGGAGGAAGUUUUUUUCCUUCAUUUUUUCUCUUGUAAUUUUUUAAUGUGGGUAGCAAAGAUUUUUGGGGGGAGGAAGCAGUUUUCUAUUUUGUCUGCAUUUUGCAGAGACCUCUUCUCAUGGUGCCUAUAUGAUACGGUGUUGGAUACCUGUGUUCUGUCUUCCAGCUCCUCCUUAGUUGUGCCCAGGCAAAGCUGCAGCUUUGAUUUCUAGCAGCGAUGCAUGACAUUACCAUGUACCUGGAGGGAAGCGAGGACUGGUGUUUUCUGAUGUGAAACUGGCUAAUGCAGGAGGAAGGGAAGAGAAACUGCCUUUUGUGGAGUAGAAAAGCGCACGAAGGAGCACUAAUGAGGUGUGUAGUUUCUCUCCUGACUGCAGUAAAAAGGAGGGGCUAAUACUCAGUACUGCUCCUGGAGCUUCCCAGCCCUCUCGGCUACAAAGAACACAUGCAGUGAUCCGGGAGCUCACAUUGAGAUACAGUAAUCAGAGUGGAGAACUGCUAGUUUAAAAAAAAAAACCAAAACAAAUAAA